AAGAGACAAAGAGGUUCGCCUAUCUCCAUUUUGAGGGUAACUCAUCUCUUCUUCUUCGUUUUAUUGCUCAAAAUCAGAACAAGAAUCGAUCUUGUUCUGCAGGUUCUUAUUGUGACAAGUCUUGGGGAUUUAGUGAUUGAUCUCUACUUAAAUAAAUGUCCUUUGACCUGCAACAACUUUCUCAAGCUCUGCAAGAUCAAGUACUACAGGUGCCUCUUCCACACUGUGCAAAAUGAUUUCACAGCACAGACGGGUGAUCCAACUGCCACAGGAGCUGGUGGAGAUUCAAUCUACAAAUUUCUGUACGGUGAGCAGGCUCGGUUUUUUGGCGAUGAGAUUCAUCUCGAUUUAAAACAUUCAAAGACUGGCAUUGUUGCAAUGGCCAAUGGUGGAGAAAAUCUGAAUGCUUCCCAGUUCUAUUUCACACUUCGUGAUGAUCUGGACUAUCUUGAUGGGAAACACACUGUGUUUGGGGAGAUUGCCGAGGGGUUUGAAACUUUGACUAGGAUAAACGAAGCUUAUGAUGCCAAAAAUAGACCAUAUAAAAACAUUAGAAUCAAGCACGCAUAUAUACUUGAAUAUCCAUUUGAUGAUCGCCCGCAGCUUGCUGAAAUGAUACCAGAUGCUUCCCCGGAAGGAAAACUAAAGGAAGAGGUCAAAGAUGACGUGCGACUUGAAGAUGAUUGGGUUCCGAUGGAUGAAGAACUUGGUUCUAAGGAACUGGAGGAGGUUUUCCGCGAAAAGGCUGCCCAUUCUAGUGCUGUUGUACUUAAAAAAAUAGGAGAUAUACCAGAGGCUGAGGUAAAGCCUCCUGAUAAUGUGUUCGUCUGCAAACUGAAUCCUGUGACUGAGGAUCAGGACCUGCAUAGCAUUUUUUCACGCGUUGGAACUGUAAUAUCGGCUGAUGUAAUUCGGGAUUUCAAGACAGAUGACAGUUUGUGUUACGCUUUUAUAGAGUUUGAGAACAAGGAAGCAUGCGAACAAGCGUACUUUAAGAUGGACAAUGCUUUGAUCGAUGGUAGACGAAUACAUGUGGAUUUCAGUCAGAGGUUCCGGCAGAAAGAUUCACAGAAGGGUAAAGGUAAAUCCCUUUUUCCAUCCUCCUUAUCGAGUAUUGAAGGCAUAGACCAAACAACUGAUGGAAUCCUUGGCAAAACAUGAAACGCUGACAAUCUAAUCGACACUGAGGACAAGGCAGAUAAGUACAUUGGUAGAAGACAGCAUCAUAGGGAUGAGGUAAGAGAAAUGGAGAGGAGGUAUGAUGAUGGUAUUAGUAGGGACACAGAGAGAAAAGAAAGAGACAGUAGGGAAGAUGAAGACAGAAGAAGAAACCGCAAAGAGAUGGGAGAUGGAGAGAGGCGUGUGGAGAGUCGAAGAGAAAGAGACUAUGAUCGUCGGAGUCAUAUAGAGAUUAUAAAGGAAGGGCAAGAGACACACACAGUGGAAAUGGGAGAGAAGCGAGGGAUGGGAGAAGGAAACGUAAAUGGCAUGGGCCAA